AUGACUUCCUCCAAAAUCACCGUCGAGUACCACAGACCGUCGAGGGAGUCCAUUCAGGAGUACAACGACCUCCUCGCAGACGCAAAUAUCCACGCCGCUCAGGCUGCAAAGUACAAGGAUCCUUUUCAGCCAUCGCGACAGGCCCCUCCUCCUCCAAAGACCCGCAAUUCGCUGCAGAAACCGAAUCCCAGGGCCAGGAAACACAGCUUGCCCUCCUCCAAUUCAUCUCCAACCAUCGCGCAUCGUGUAACUGACGGCGACCCGUUUGCAUCCUCUUCCAUCGCUUCUUCCAGGACCACCAUCACCAACUCACCCCAAAUGGCUGGAAUGGCGACUUCACCACCCCAGAGGCCCUCGAGGGCGAAUACGGCGACGCUGAACGAUAUCUUUCCUACUCAGACAUCCCUGUCCUCAAGGCGACUCUCGACACCGGUUGUUGGAGCCCACGACGGCGGCCAUUUCCUUGCAGACCCAAAUGAGUCACUGCCCGCUCCAUCAGAGUUCCAAUCCACGCUGAGCACCCCAAAUGCCGUCUCUGCGGGCUCUACUCGCUCUCGCAGCUCUACCACCAUCAAAUCCAAAAAGGGCAUGCUGGGCUUCAUGUCUGACCUGCUCACCACGAACAAGCGCUUGGAGAUCAGCACUCCCUACGAUCCGGUGCAUUUGACCCAUGUGGGCUUCAACUCGUCCACUGGCGAGUUCACAGGCCUCCCGAAGGAAUGGCAACAGCUCCUCCAGGAGAGCGGCAUCUCGCGCAGCGAGCAGGAGAAGAACCCCCAAGCAGUUAUGGAAAUCGUCAAGUUCUACCAAGAGGGACACGGCGAUGUUUGGGAUAAGAUGGGGAAUAUGGGCCCGAGCACACCUUCUGCCCCUCCCGGUGCCAUGGAUGAUGGUCUCCAGAACCCCCGAUCACCACCUCAGCCACCGAACAAGAAGUCAUCUGUUCUGUUAACAUCCAGCCCCGUCCCUACGGCGCGUCGUGCUGCGCCUUCGCCCCCAAGCAACCUAUCGUCUAACCUUGACCGAUCAACCUCACAACGGACACCAACCAAGCCUUCGCGGCCUGCUGAGCCGCUCAAUCGCGCGCAGACUACGCGCGACAAACGCCCGACACCUUCCUCUAGCACAGGCAGUGGUCAGGCUCACACCCAUGUUACACACACGCACGCCCAUGCCCAUGUCAAGAAGGAGAGCCCGUCCUCGUCAAACGCUGAGCUGCCUUUGAAACAACAUGCCGCGUCUUCAUCACAGGCGCCAAGAGCCGCUCAGCAGACGUCUGCCUCCAGAGACCGCGACCCACGUGCUCAAGCUCAGGCGCAGCCACCCAGUGCGGCUGCCCAAAGUUUGGCCAAGGCGGCGGGCCCUGUCGCGACUCCAAGGCGAAGAGAGAAGAAGGUGGACAAGGCGAAGGAAGAGGACAUUGUCAAGCGCCUGCAAAUGAUUUGCACGGACGCUGACCCUACGAAACUCUACCGGAACCUCGUCAAGAUUGGCCAAGGCGCCUCUGGGGGCGUGUAUACUGCCUACCAAGUGGGAUCGAACUCGUGCGUCGCUAUCAAGCAAAUGGACCUUGAGAAGCAGCCCAAGAAAGACCUCAUCAUCAACGAAAUCCUCGUUAUGCGGUCUUCGAGGCACCCGAAUAUCGUCAACUACAUAGACUCUUUCCUGUACAAGAACGAUCUGUGGGUCGUCAUGGAGUACAUGGAAGGCGGUAGUCUGACGGAUGUCGUUACCGCGAACCUGAUGACGGAGGGCCAGAUUGCUGCUGUGUCGAGGGAGACGUGUCAGGGAUUGGAACAUUUGCAUAGGCAUGGCGUUAUCCAUCGCGACAUCAAGAGCGACAAUGUGUUGUUGAGCAUGAUCGGGGAUAUCAAGCUUACUGACUUUGGGUUCUGUGCUCAAAUAUCGGACCCCAAUCACUCGAAGAGAACGACCAUGGUUGGGACACCAUACUGGAUGGCACCCGAGGUAGUUAUGCGCAAGGAGUACGGACCUAAGGUCGACAUAUGGAGUCUGGGUAUCAUGGCCAUCGAAAUGAUUGAAGGCGAGCCGCCAUACUUGAACCAGAACCCCUUGAAGGCACUGUACCUUAUCGCGACCAACGGCACACCGAAAAUCGCAAACCCCGAGAAUUUGUCCGCAACCUUCAGUGAUUAUCUCGCCAAAACACUAGAAGUUGACCCCGAGAAACGGCCGAAUGCAACUCAGCUCCUGCAGCACCCCUUCUUCAAGUUGUCGGAGCCCUUGAGGACACUGGCACCCCUGAUCAAAGCCGCCCGUGAAAUCGCCAAGUCAAAGUAG